CUUUUCGCGGGUAAAAACACGAGCCAAUGGGAUGACUCGUUCGUGAUGACGUCAUCGAAGAGUAGAUUCCUAUGCUAUUUAAAAGUGAUCGCGCGCGUACACACACGAGUCUAACGCGAGCAUUGUAAUUUACAUGAAAGCGAAUUUAAGAUCGAUCUCGUUACAUUACUAUCUUCGAUAUAAAUCGUCGACCAAUCGUCGAUCGUAUUGAGAACCGUAUCGAUCUUUUUCUUAUCGCUUUCGUUCGAUGUAACAUGGCCGUUAGGUCGGUCUCGACUCGUUUAACGCGUUUCGUUUUUCAAAGUAUAACUUCGUAAAACCUCGUGAGACUUCGUUUCGGUAGAGCCAAUCGGAAGUUGGCGUGUCUAAGCAGGUGUUUUCGCGUAAUAAUACUCAUGCUAAUCGGAGCAGCCGAAUUUUCGGUUAAAGUAGUCCUCGUCAGUCCCUCGUCCGGUCGUUAUACGUACACACAAAUAGAUUCGAAUACGUUAAUUUCGGUUCGUCCAAACGAGAAUAUUCGAAUUCGUGGACUACUUUUCAACUGUAUCUUGUAAAAGAACGAAAAGAGAAACAAAGGAAACUUGUUUUUGAUUAAUCGAAUAAAAAAAAAAAAACGUCGAAGAAGCGAGUUUUAAUUUCGAGAAAAGAAAACAUUCGAUGUAUAUUUGUUAAUUUCUUCAGGGACGCACCGGCACGCACACGUAAACUUAUUAGUUCGUCUCUUUGAGUUUCAAUAUUUCUUUAGAAAAGAAUAAAAAAGAGAAAAGGAAGAACAAGGAAAAGAUGAAGAUACGACGAAGUUUUGUUCGUUGUAAAAGAAUACUUUUACGUUUUACCUUGAAUUAAGGUUAAGAUUGUACAUAUUGAAAAGUUCAUAUUUCUGUUAUUUGAUAAAAAGAAUUAUAUACAAAGCUAUGAUAAAAAAAUAUAUUCGAUUUCAAUAAUACGUAUUGAAUCUAGAUAGAUAUAACGAUAUUAACAGUAAUUUACUAGAAAUUAUUAGAAUUACACGUGCGUGUCGAGUGUUCGUCUAAAGAGGUUAAGGUAUGAAGAAAAAUAAAAAUAAUAGAAAAAAUGUCGUAAAUGGGAAAUAACAAGGAUUGAAGAAAUUCAUUCUGAUUGGGUAAAAGAGUACGAUUUUCGUGAGGAAGGAUAGAAUGCGAAGGAUACCAUGAACGUACCCAUCGUGUCAGGCGACAUCGUAGACGAUGAAGAUUACAAGCCACGUUUCGUCAGGGGGUCAGAUCCGAGGGUCGCGACUUGCAGAGGAAAAUUGCAGAAUAAACGAAGCAAAUUGAAUCAGGAGAUAAACAAGGAGCUUCGAUUGCGCGCAGGCGCAGAAAAUCUUUUCAAAGCGACGACGAACAGGAAACUCAAGGAGACCGUAGCUUUGGAAUUGAGCUUCGUUAAUUCGAACUUGCAGCUGUUGAAAGAACAGUUGGCAGAACUGAAUAGCUCGGUGGAACUCUAUCAGAAUGUCGACGGAGAGGAUCCUGUGAUGCCAAUGAUACCUUUGGGUUUAAAAGAAACCAAGGAUAUAGAUUUUCGUGAUCCAUUCAAAGACUUUAUCCUAGAGCACUAUAGCGAAGAUGGUGAGAAUUACGAAGAAGCUAUUGCCGAACUUAUGGAGACGAGACAGGCAACGAGAACACCGACAAGAGACGCAGCAGGUAUAGCCCUGCUUUUGCGUUACUAUAAUCAGCUUUACUUCAUCGAAAGACGCUUUUUUCCACCUGACAGAAGUCUCGGUAUACAUUUCGAAUGGUUCGAUUCUUUGACUGGCGUACCGAGUCGUCAACGCACUGUGGCAUUUGAAAAGGCAUCGAUUCUGUUCAAUGCUGGUGCACUUUACACACAAUUGGCCGCUAAACAAGACAGACACUCCACUCGUGGCUUGGAUCAAGCCGUCGAUGCUUUUCUUAGAGCCGCUGGAACAUUUCGAUAUAUUCACGAAAACUUUACCAAUGCACCGAGCAUGGAUCUUGGACCUGACAUGCUUGAAAUGCUCGUUCAAUUAAUGCUGGCACAAGCGAGGGAAUGUCUGUUCGAGAAAUUGGAACUUCAAUCGAGAGAAGGGAGAACGAUCGAUAUUUCCUUGGACUUAGCUCAAGAAGCUGCACAAGUUGCCGCUGUUUACAACGACGUUCACGCCUUGAUAUCUCGGGAACCAGUUCGUGAUUAUGUCCCAGAAACUUGGAUUUCUUUGAUAUUGGUUAAACGUGAACAUCAUUUAGCACUCGCUCACAAACAUCUCGCUGCUGGUUUGCUAGAUAGACCGAUCGCGGAUUUUCGAGUGGAAACGAAACUCACAUUGGAACAUAUUCAAAAGAGCGAUGGGAAAACGCAAUUGGAAGUAACCGUGCCUAGAGACGAUAACGAAAGAAAACUUUUAGGCAAAGCACAUUUAAGGGAAGCUCUGGUUUUGCACGAGGAAAGCCAACGGCUGCAAAGAAUGUGCAGAGAAUUGAAAGGCAAACAGGCGCUGGCGAAGGUCUUGAAAAAAGGACAUGAAGCUACGCUCGAUAUGUAUAAUAAAAUUGGUGACGAAGAUGAUUUUCGGGAACUAUUAGAUCCCCCGGAUAUCAUCGCGUCUACUAAAUUUCAACUGAGCAUCACUCAUCCGGAUUUUGGUCAACACGGAGUCGAAGAUCUAUUUAGAUCAUUAGGACCCGUAGCUAUAUUUUCUGCAAAAAGGCAUUGGACCGCACCGAGAAACGUUCAACUUCAAAGAGGACCAGAUGGUGAAGGUUUCGGAUUUAGCGUGCGCGGAGAUUCGCCAGUAAUCAUAGCUGCCGUAGAUCAUAAUUCUUUGGCUGAAAUGGCUGGUAUGAAGGAAAGUGAUUUUAUAGUCGGUAUAGGUGACAAGGACGUUAAAUGGGCUUCUCAUGAACAGGCUGUAAGGUUGAUAAAACAAUGUGGUGACUUUAUUAACCUAAAAUUGGUCACACCAAUGGAUAGAAAUUACAUGAAGAAACCCGGAAAACCGAGUCAGCAUGACAAAGGAAGCGUUUCAGCGAGCAGUUCAUCGGGAGUGUCUUCUGGUCAACCCAGUCCGGCUGGUUCGGUUACAACCGCUCACGUUACAAGGAGAUUACCAUGGAAUCCUUUUAAAAAAUCGGUUAAUCAACGAGAUAGCAGGGAUCUUACCUUUGACAACGUUAUUUUGAGAUGAUCGUUGAGAAAUCAGAAAUCACCUUUAAGGGCACGUAGAGUGAAUCAACUUUUAGUUGCGUGCCUCUCAUCCGGUAGUAAGGUACCUUCGUGUGUAUUUAUGUACGACGCAAAGAGAAUAAAAAAUACUUAGAUUAGAUCGGAUUGUAUUUUUAUAAAAAUGUAUAUGUAUAUAUAUAUAUAUAUAUAAUGCAUUUUUAUAAUCCGAUCUUCUGUCUUUUCAUCACGAACGUUUGCAUUUUUCCAUUUUGUGUCUUCAACGUAAACUCGAUGGAUUUGUAUUAUAAUUAUCGUUUAGAGCGAAAUAAAAGAGCUUACGCGUUGGGAAAAUGUAAACGUUAAAUUGUAAAAUGUGUGCAGUUUAUUGUCGAUCAUACAUAUCGUUUUAAACGUUUCAAAGUAAGUAGGUAUGUAUAUUGAUUCGUUAUUAUAAUCUCAUGUAUAGAUACGUGCUACAAAGAUAAUAGAUAUAUAUAUAUAUAUAUAUAUAUAUAUAUAUAUAUAUAUAUAUAUAUAUACCAUGCCAAUGUUUGUCAUUUCACGCGAUCGUAAAUUUAAUAUAUAGCUAUACAUUACCUUCUCAUUCGUCUAAUGAUUACAAUUAAUUAAUUGUUUCAAAACAAUAUCAGCGAUUAUGUAAAUAGAGAGAGAGAGAGAGAGAGAGAGAGAGAGAGAGAGAAAGAGAGAAUGAGAGAGUGAUGUCACGAUUUAACGUGUUCCCAUGAAUAUUCUACAUAUUACAAAUUUCAUCGUUCGCAUAGAGACACUUAUAAUGAGCAAAAAUCGAAAACAUAAUAAUUGAAUCAUCAUUGGCUCGUAGAAUCUCUUUUUUGUAAAUUUUCUAUCUGUUCUUUCGUACGUACUGUAAUAUAAACCGAAUAAAAAUAUCUUCGAUUAAUAAAUAUG